UGAGGAGGAGCGCGCAGCGGGAUGGAGCGCGCGCGCGGCACGGUCUCGAUCCCGACUCCUGUGGUUUAUUUAACGGGAAUAUCUUAUCAUGGUGAAACGGACGCGGUUGUUCGUUCCUAUAUGUUGAUGCUGACGCGUUGUGCGUGAAACUUACCCGGUGGAAGGACCGGAUUUAAAGGGCCAGUGACAUGGAGAAGUGCCCGACAGUUCUGGAUCCAGACCGGGAUAAACAGUAUUGCGAGCUGUGUGGCAAGAUGGAAAACCUGCUAAAAUGCGGUAGGUGCAGGAUCUCGUUUUACUGCAGCAAAGAGCAUCAAAAAGAGCACUGGAAAAAGCACAAACUCACCUGCAGAGAGGCUGACAAACCCAACAGUGUGCCCCAAACCCAACAGCAGCACCCCAAAACUGCUCAUCCAGAGAAAAACCAUCUGAUCUGCAGCUCAGAAGCUGAUCUGAAAGCCAAACCCAACACACAGAAGCUGGCCACCGAUUAUAUAAUCCCAUGUAUGAACAAGCAUGGCAUCUGUGUGGUGGACAACUUUCUGGGGGAGGACAUGGGACUAUCCAUUUUGGAGGAUGUGAAGGCUCUUCAUCAGACGGGUAAAUUCACUGACGGUCAGCUGGUCAGUCAGAAAAGUGACUCUUCAAAGGACAUACGGGGGGAUAAAAUCACCUGGAUUGAGGGGAAGGAGCCUGGAUGCGAGAAAAUCUGCUUCUUGAUGAGCCGCAUGGAUGACCUGGUCAGGAACUGCAAUGGGAAACUGGGAAACUACAUAAUUAAUGGAAGGACUAAAGCUAUGGUGGCAUGUUAUCCGGGUAAAGGCACAGGUUAUGUGCGCCAUGUGGACAACCCGAAUGGCGAUGGGAGAUGCGUCACGAGCAUUUAUUAUCUUAAUAAGAAUUGGGAUGCCAAGGAGCACGGGGGAAUGCUGCGGAUAUUCCCCGAAGGUAAAGCUCAGUUUGCGGACAUCGAACCCAAAUUCGACCGUUUGCUUUUAUUCUGGUCUGACAGACGAAACCCUCAUGAGGUCCAGCCUGCGUAUUCUACAAGAUAUGCCAUUACCGUGUGGUAUUUUGAUGCUGAUGAGCGGGCCAGAGCGAAAGAAAAGUAUCUUACAGGUGCUGGUGAAAAAGGCGUGAAGGUGGAGCUAAACAAGCCAUCGGAACCAAGCUAAUCAAGUCACCAUUAAUCCAGACUUUUCCUGAUUAUCUGCUGCUGUGUGGAUAUAUAAAGACGAGAGUCGGAAAAAGCAGCAAGACCAAGCAAGAGGAGGAGAUGAAGACUGAACCGAGUCUUGAAAAGCUGCUGAAUUCAUUCCUCACAGAAGAGCCGACUUUGAACAUGGUUUAGUUUUAGCGUUUAAAGGUACAGUACUCUGUGUGACAUCACAUUAAUGCUUCUCAUGUGACCAGAGUGCAUCCUUCAGCUUAGUCCCUUAUUCAUCAGGGAUCUCCACAGUGGAAUGAACCACCAACUACUCCAGCAUAUGUUUAAUGCUGUGGAUCUAGCCACAACCCAGUACUGAGAAACAUCCAUACACACAUUCACACUCAUACACUACGGCCAUUUAGUUAAUCAGUUCCCCUAUAGCGCAUGUGUUUGGACUUGUAGGGGGAAACCGGAGCACAUGGAGGAAACCCUUGCUAACACAGGGAGAACAUGCAAACUCCACACAGAAACGCCAACUGACCCAGCCGGGACUCAAACCAGCGACCUUCUUGUUGUGAAGUGACAGUGCUAACCACUAAGCCACCGUGCCGCCAUCUGAGGAACGUUCAAAAAGCUUCUGGGAUGCGUUUUGAGCUGAUCUUUGCCAAUGGAGCACGUUCGCAUGCUUUUAUUUUCCUCAUCACUGCAUCAGAACUGGUCAGAUUGUUUGUUCAUACUCAAAUACACACAAUGCCAUGCAACUUCCAGCAUGUUAAUCCAGGACUGUGAGCGGGCAGAUGCAUUAUGGGAAUGUUAUCGGCAAUUGUUGCGUGCAUCAGGUCAGUGCAAGUCCAGUAUUGAAAGUCAUUGUCUUUUAUGGCCUGCAUAUUAUUGUACACAUUCAAUAAAAUAAAGAGCCUGUUUGCAUUUUAUACACUGUUGCACUUAUGAAUAUUCUGAAUUGAGUGUACGUCUGCCCAAGUCCUGUGCUUUAACUGAUUUUAGAAGGUAAAUGCAGUGAAGGAAAUAAUUAUUGAACACAUUGUCAUGUUUUUUCCAGGGAAUAAUGUUACUAAAGGAGCUGUUGACAUGGAAUUGAACCAGAUUUCGGUAAAAACCCAAACAAUACACACAUAAAAAUAAAACAAAACAAAAAAAUCUGAAAAGGAGUUCUGUGUAAUAACA